AUGAGAUUGCAUAAUAGAAGAAAGGUCAAUUUUUUACGAAGGAUACUUUUCAUAUUAUGCAUUUUUUUACUUUAUUUAUCUAGGGAUUCACUGAGAUUAAAUACAAAAAAUGUAUUCAUCAAUCCUAAAAUAGCAGAAUAUAAUGGUGGAACGAUAGAUGAUAUUCAAAUUUUACGGUGCUACCACUGGUACAGACAAUGUGGGUCUCUAUACGCCCCCAGGUUACAUCCUUCUACUUCAGCUGAAAGGGUCAAGGACAAAAGCAGUGUUCUGUGGAGUAGGGUUUCUAAGAACAUUACUGUGGAGUCACUAUAUUCUCUUCAAUCUGGGACUUUUUACAAUAGCUAUUUGUAUGUCCAUAUGAAAAGUUUUCAAGGAAACUCAAAAAAUUCCAUAAAAGAGCUAGCCAUGGCAAGAGAUUCAGCAUUAAUUCCGUUACAAGUGUUGAGAGACAUUAAUAAAAUGGUUAAAUCGAGCGACAGUUCUGUUUUCCACAAUCAUGUGUACCGACGGGAAAAACCAACCUCGUCAUGGUGGAAACUACUUUUUGGCAUAUCCGUCGAUUCAGAUGACAUAGCUGUGUUUGGUGAGGAGUGGGUCUACAAGGGAAGUGGUAUAUGGUGUAAAUUUAUCCUCAAUGAUGAUGAUAAUGAUCCGCCUAUAAUAAAUUUAGAAAUAUAUCUAGGUUCAUCGUUUAUUGAAUCAAGACCUUUUUGGAAGGAAGUUAUUCAUGAAUUUCAUAGAAACAACAUGCCUUCUAUGCCCAUAUCAAUCACAAGGAAACAUGAAACCAAAAAUGCACAUUAUAAAUAUCCCAACAAAUUGCCAGGGUCCCUAGAAGCACCCGAUAAAAAUAAUGAUGCUCUAAGAUUACUUCAAGCAGACGAAGAUUACAGGAUAACAUCUUCCCAUAUUCAGUAUUCCUGGGGGCAGAGAUCUUUCAAAAUUCUUCAAAUGACUGAUUUCCACUUCAAAUGUACAGAUAACAGCAUGUCUAUAAUAAACGAGAUAAGAACAGUGAAUUUUAUUGAUCGUGUGCUUGCGUUAGAAAAACCGGAUCUGGUUGUCAUCACAGGUGAUUUAUUAGACUCACAGAAUAGUAUGGAUUAUCAAACUUGCAUUAUGAAGCUUGUUCAGCCGAUGAUUUCGAACCAAGUACCCUAUGCAAUUUCGCUGGGUGCUUCCGACGAAUCAAAUUUCGCCACGCUAUCACAAAUAAAAGAUUUUAUUGGGAAUUUACCUUAUGCAUUCAAUAACAUUGCGUCAAAAGAAGGCCACAUGGCCAUAAAAGUUUCGUUUAAUAAAAAAUUGUCGAAGAAUGCUCUUCUUGAAAAAAGGGUUGACAAUAAUGAGGAAACGAGCCCAGCAGAGGCUUUAUUUUUCGUUUUUGAUUCAUUCAAUCCUGUGAAUGACUUUCUGCUAGAUUAUAGCGAUUUGAUUGGGAAGAUCGAUUAUGGUUUAGCGUUUCAGUAUUUCCCUCUAUCGGAAUAUAGGCCUCGUGGACUAUUUCCUAUAAUUGGCCAAUAUAACGAAAAGUCCACUUUAACCGUGGAGACCUCAAGAUGUAAAGGAGAAGUUUCGAUGACGAUCAAUGGCAAACAUUAUGAAAGCUUUCUUGAUAUCUUGAGUCUUUGGAACAUGAAAGGUGUCGGUUGUGGACACGAACACAAUAAUGAUUGUUGCUUACAAUCUAAAAACGACAUGUGGUUAUGUUAUGGCGGGUCCGCUGGUAUAGACUUGCCGAGAAUCGAGGGUAUCUAUCCAAAUGUUAGAUUGUUUAAUGUAGACGAUAUCAUGGAUGAAAUAACAUCGUGGAAAAGGAAUAGUAUUAUUGUUGAUGAGGUUUACGAUUAUCAGUAUAUUUAUAAGGGAGAAUAA